AGGUCAUUUAUAAAAAUCACGAAGAGUAAGGGUCCCAGAACAGAUCCGUGAGGCACUCCACCUCUCCAAAUGUUCAUAAAUCCUGCCUCUCAGGAUCUUCUCCAUCAACUUACCAACCAUUGAGAUAGGUGGAAGGGCAGGUAGUGCUGAGGAAGUAGGAAUGCUGCAGAAGGAUUCAGAUUAAAAGAAUGUCAAAGUUUACAAACGACCAAGAAUUUGUGUACAGGAGUCCCAAACGUUGGUUUUGCUGUCCCUGUCCAGCUAUCUAAGGAGCGAUCAGAUAUUUCCUUUGCAGCAUCAAUGUAUCUGUUGUUCAUCCCUGGAGAUGAAGGAGUACCCCAUCGCAGCUUGAAAUGUGCUUUGUGUCUUUUGUAACUCAGUGAAAUCCACUGGAACCAGGGUGCUCAGAUCACACCAGCAUUUGUUCACUGGAGAUCAGUUUUUCAACUGCAUUGAUUGUACGAGGGAUUCCCUACGAAUGACAUCUGAAUGAUGAAUUGCCAAAGCAUAGAUAGCAGGGAGAUAUCAUUCUCCUGCUCUCAGUGUGGGAAGGGGUUCAUUCAGCUGACCCGUAGGCACACCAGAGAGUUCACACUGGAAAGAGGCCAUUGACUUACUGUGUGUGUGGUGGAGGGAUCCACUCAGUCAUCCAGUCUGAAGAUGCAUCAGCAAGGUCACAACAUAGUGCGAUGGACCGUUCACCUGUUCUGAAUGAGGGAGAUGAUUCAUUCUGCCAUCCAAGCUAAAGAUACAUCAGAAAAUUCACACCACUGAGAGACCGUUCACCUGUUCCGUGUGUGGAAAGAGAUUCACUCACUCAUCCCACCCACAAACACACCAGUGAGUUCACAAGGGAAGAGACUGUUCAACUCUUCCAUGUAUGGAGGAGAUUCACUCGGUCAUCUGAACUGCAGAACAUGAGUGAGUUCACACUGGGGUGAGACCAUACAUCUGCUCUGAAUGUGGGAAGGGACUCACUCAGUCAUUCCACCUGUAGAUAUACCAGUCAGUUUACACUGUUCACCUGCUCAGACUGUGGGAAGGGAAUCACUUGGUCAUUCCACUUACAAACACAGCAGUCAGUUCACACUGAAGAAAGACCACCUGCUCAGUGUGGGAGUGGAUUCACUUGGUCAUCAAAACUUUUGGCACACCAUUCGGUUCACACUGUGGAAAUGCCGUUCUCUUGUUCAGACUGUGGGAGGGAAUUUCCUCGAUCAUUUCAACUGAAGGUACAUCAGCGAGUUCACACUGGGGAGAGGCUGUUCACCUGUUCAGACUGUGGGAAGGGAUUCACUCAGUUAUAUAACCUACACGCACACCAUUUAGUUCACACUGGGGAGAAACCAUUCAUCUGCUCAGACUGUGGGAAGAAGUUUACUCGGUCAUCUCAACUGAAGUUGCAUCAGCAAGUUCACACUGAGGAGAGGCCGUUCACCUGCUCAGACUGUGGGAAAGGAUUCACUCGGUCUUCCCACCUGCAGGCACACCAGCGAGUUCACACUGGGGAGAGGCCAUUCUCCUGCUUAGACUGCGGGAAGGAAUUCAGUCAGUCAUCUCAACUGAAGGUGCACCAGCGAGUUCACACUGGGGAGAGGCCAUUCACCUGCUCUGACUGUGGGAAGGGAUUCACUCGAUCAUCUUACCUACUGGCACACCAGUCAGUUCACACUGGGGAGAGACCAUUCACUUGCAAAGAUUGUGGGAAGGGAUUUGCUCGGUUGUUUCAACUGAAGCUACAUCAACGAGUUCACACUGGGGAGAGGCCGUUCUCUUGUUCUAAAUGUGGGAAGGCAUUUACUCGAUCAUCCAACCUUGUGACACACUACCAAGUUCACACUGAGGAAAAAGUGUAAAUAAGCUUUAUACUUAAAAUGCUAGUGCUGUAUACUUAAACAUCAUGGUUUCUGAAUGCAAAGGCAAGUUCCAAAGUCUGUUCAUGUCAAACUCUGCAAUUAUUGCUGCUGUUCAUCACACCCAAUUCUGCACCCUGGUCACUGGGCAUGAGAUGAGUUUCUUAUGCUGAUGUUCACCUUUAAUGGGGCUGGUGUUUAAUAUUCGGAAUCUGUGACA